AUGAUAAAAUUGCUAGUUUUUAUUGUCCUGUUAUGUUAUUUAUUUAAUUUCAGUGAUUGCGAAGCACUACGAGCUUCACAAUUAGCUGAACAAACACUAAUAACAACAUUAUUAAGUGGAUAUAAUAAAAAUAUAAGACCAGACGAUCAAGUAUCUGUUGAUAUCGCUUACUCAAUACAACAAAUUGUAUCAAUAGAUGAAAAACAACAAAUAAUGACGUCAAGUUCAUUUAUUUCACAAGUGUGGUACGAUGAACGAUUAUCAUGGACACCAAAUGCUUCAAAUAAUAUUAACGUAGUCAUGCUACCAGUUAAAAGCUUAUGGAUUCCAGAUACGAUGAUAUUAAAUUCAGCAGAUGCAAGUGGCUAUCUCACAGUGAGUGAUUAUAGUUUGGCAUCUGUUGACUAUACAGGUGCAGUGUAUAUGAUACUUCCAGCAUUAACAGUAAGAACAAGGUGUGACUUCAAUGUUAAAAAAUUUCCAUUUGAUAAACAAAUAUGCAACAUCAAUUUAACAUCAUGGAGUCAAGGUUCGAAUAGAAUCACAUAUACAGAAAAUAAUAGUGUAGUACUUGUUGAUACUAGUGGGUAUAAUGAACAUCCUUUAUGGAAAUUAAAUGGAACGGAUAUAAUUGUAACUCGAGCAGAAGAUAGAGCACCAUUUGAAAAUACUUAUAAUGAUAUAAUAUCAAUACAAUUAUAUCUCGAAAGAAAAUCAUUAUUUUUUAUCAUUAAUGGUAUAUUGGCAUGUUUCGUUUUAAACUUUGUUACUUUGUUAUCAUAUGCAAUACCCUUUGGAUCACAAAUUGGUCUAUGUAUGACAUGUUUUCUAACAUAUUCUAUUUAUUCACUAAACUUUUCCAGUCAAUUUCCACAACAAUCUGAAUAUUUGAUGAUGAUUACAUUGUACUUUUUAUUAUCAAUUUGUUGGACAUUAAUAUCAAUGACAUGGUUUAUAGUAUGUGAUCAUUUUACAACAAAAGGUGAACAGAAUUGGAAUUUUGGUGGUAAUAGUGAUGAAGUAUGGAAUGGAUGGUGUCAUGUUGACUCAAAAGAUAACUUUUGGGGAUGUGGCAAUAAUAUUGGACUUACUUUACAAAAAGGUGAUAUGACGUGUACAUAUCGUGCUUCAUAUUAUCAUCCAAGUUUUCAUUUGGUAAAACUUAAUGGGAAGUCUGCAAGUGGUACAUUCGAUUAUGAUCGAAGUAAAUCUAAAGAUGAAGUAUACAAUGCAUUCACUCAGUUCAUUGAAAAUCAAAUUGCUGCACAAAAUACAUAA